UGAAUGUAAGAGAAUGAAUGAUGUCAGGGAAGGCUGUGGCAGACAGGGAGAGGGAGGGAGAGGAGAGCACAAGAAGCCAGAGCAUGAAACAGGCUGUAAACACAGCAGCAGCAGCCGCCGCCUCGCCUUCUGCCUGGGCUCCCUCUGCUCCUUGGAUCCUCUCCAGCUGUUGCCCCCAGGAACUGUCUGUCAGGGGGAGAGGGAGAGGGAGUGGUGGUGGUGGUGGGUCAGUGGGCAAAACUUUCUUCUAGCUGUUUUCUCCUCCUUGCUGCUGCUUCUGCUCUCGUGGUAGGAGUGUCUCUCUCUCUCUCUCUUUUUCUGGCCCAAGGGAGCUGCAAAUGCCAAAGAGCCUGGGAGCUAUAAAGGAGGCUUCCCCUGCUGAGUGUGGCUGGAAGGCAGAGCUUGCUUGGAAACUUUACCCUCCUUUUCCUUCUCCAUAAGCAGGGAGAUUUCUGGCUUGAUCUGAUCUAGGAUCCAUUUGUUUGCCUUUUUGGCUGUCCGCGGUAUCCUUGGCACUCUCCUCCAGCGCAACAUCUCAAAUGAAUUGAUUUUCCUCCUGUCUUCUUUCUGAACUGUCCAGCUUUCACAUCCAUACAAGGCCAUAUCAAAAUCCGUGAUGUUGACCCUAAAAACCUUCCCCGUGACGUCAACUUGUAUAUGGGGGUAUGUUGAUGGUCCUUGGAAGGAAAACCUACAAGACUUUAUCCCAAAGAACUGAAGCUAUAACUGAACAAGAAAGUGGAAUCCACAAUUUCUGUAUGCUUUGUGUUCGGCAGAAGGUAUAGGAGGAAGACUUUUUUAAAAAAAGUGGAUGAUAUUUCCUUUUUAGAAAUUGGACAGGAAUUCAUUUGUUUUGUCACACGUACUAGGCCUGAUGGAUACCAUAGAGACAGCAAAGCUUGAAGAGCACAUGGAAGGCCAGAACAAUGAAACAGCAAAUGGUUACGUUCGACCUGAUCUCACUGUGAGUGAAGAAAACAAGAAUGGCAGCAGCAAAGCAAAGAGUUUAUCCAAUGGUUUGCGAAAAGGUGCUAAGAAGCAUCCAGACUAUAUACAGAUUUCUAUGCCCACUGAAUCUAGGAACAAAUUCCCUUUGGAAUGGUGGAAAACAGGCAUUGCCUUUGUAUAUGCUGUUUUCAACUUAAUUCUAACGACUGUCAUGAUCACAGUGGUACAUGAGAGGGUGCCUCCUAAGGAGCUCAGUCCUCCAUUACCUGAUAAGUUUUUUGAUUAUAUUGAUCGUGUAGAAUGGGCUUUUUCUGUAUCAGAAAUAAAUGGAAUUAUAUUGGUUGGAUUAUGGAUAAUCCAGUGGCUGUUUCUCAGAUACAAAUCAAUAAUAGGACGAAGGUUCUUUUUUAUAAUGGGAACUUUGUACCUCUACCGCUGCAUUACUAUGUAUGUCACCACCUUACCUGUGCCUGGAAUGCAUUUUCAGUGUGCUCCAAAGUUAAAUGGAGAUUCUCAAGCUAAAGUACAGCGGAUUCUACGACUAAUUUCUGGUGGUGGGCUGUCUAUAACAGGCUCGCACAUCCUAUGUGGAGACUUCCUGUUCAGUGGCCACACUGUAGUGCUAACACUCACGUACCUGUUUAUCAAGGAAUAUUCACCUCGUCACUUUUGGUGGUAUCAUUUGAUCUGUUGGUGCAUGAGUGUUGCUGGAAUAAUCUGUAUCCUAGUUGGACAUGAACACUACACAGUAGAUGUUGUCAUUGCUUACUAUAUCACCACAAGGCUUUUUUGGUGGUACCAUGCAAUGGCUAAUGAAAAGAACCUGAAAAUUUCAUCACAGACUAAUUUUCUCUCUCGAGCAUGGUGGUAUCCAAUAUUCAAUUUCUUUGAGAAGAAUAUCCAGGGUUCAGUUCCUUGCUGUUUCUCAUGGCCAAUAUCUUGGCCCCCUAGCUGUUUCAAGUCUUCAUGCAAAAAAUAUUCCCGGGUUCAAAAAACAGGAGAGGACAAUGAAAAAUCUACCUGAAGAAAAUGAAGGCAAGAAAAUGGAUUGACUCUUUUGUUUUACCAAAACAUUGUGCUAUAACCAAAGCUCUUAAGAUGACUAGAUUGUUAACUGAAGAAGUGGACCAAACUUUGUGCAACUGAUCUGAGAAAAAGACAAUUGUAGAUACACACACACAAAUUAAUCAUCCCUUGGUAUGUUUUUAUAUGUAUAUUGUACAGUUCCAUCCCACUCCUUGAUGCCAGUAGACACUGGCACUCAGUGACACUCUGGUGCCAAAAGAAUAUUUCCUGAGAGGAGGACCAGGAUGUGGUUUCCUAAUGAGAUUAAGAGGUGCCAAAGAAUACAUCACACCAUCUGUUCAUAAAUAUCACUUAUCCACAGAUGUACCAAAACAAAAUAUCAGCCUCAGAUUUCUGGAGUUUGAUUAGCCAAACUAUCAUAAAUGAUACAGGGCCCAUAUUGGCUGCGCUUGGUAAAUGCAGAGAGUAAAAGCAGUUAGCAAGAGGUGGUUGCAUUAUUUUCACUAGUGAUAGCAAGAUCUAUGAUACAUAACUAGUGAAACCCAAAGUGAGCCUUGAUCUUUUUGUACUCUCUUUUAUGAGAAUGAAUACAUUAUGACCGUGUAAUGCCACCACAGAUUCUAUAUACUUUGUCCUCUAUUGACCUUUACAUUUUUUAAAAUGUGUGGUAAUUUUAUAUAUGAAAAUAAAACCUAUUUUACCUGAUGAUACUGAAGGUUAGAAAUAAUGUCUACUAAAUGUCAUCAGGGUUCUACAAGAGGAAAACUAAUUUAUUGUUAAAAUACAUAUAUGUUAAGUCAAGAAAACUGUUUAAAUUUCUGCUGGUCAGUUAGCUUGCGUGAAAGUGUGGUGCGUGUGCAUAAUGUAUUUUUGAGUAUAUGUACUUCAUUGUGAAUACUCAAAAUAUGGAGGCUUGACCGUUACAAAAGAAUGUUGACAGUUUUUCAGACAGCAACUAAAAGUACAUGUUGACUGCUGCCCAUCUACCAGAAUUCACAAGUCUAACUCCAUUGUUUUGAAUGAGUUGUAUCCUCUUGGUCUCUCUCAGCUCAGCUGACAAAAGGGUCUUGGAGGCAUUGUAGUCUCCUUUCUGAGAUUUGUUCCAAGGAGGUUGAGCAAGUCUUUGCAAUAACUUAACAGAUGAGAAACUAUAGAGGAAAAGAAGGGGGGGAAACCAUUUUUUCCUGUUUUGCUGAUGGGUGCCUCCAGCAAGUCAGCCUUUUUAUCGCAGAACUCAAGAGUACCAAUAGGAUGCAUUCCAUCCAAAAUUAAGGAAUUACCAUUGUGAAUUCUGACAUUGGCCAUUAGCUGAUUGUCCUCACACAGUUGUGUUCCUAUAAUUUUGGUCAUUGUCUGAAGGACUUUUGGCAUUCUUUUGUGACUGUUGCUACAAUGAGUAACACAGACUACCAGGCAUUUACAUGCAUUUGCAAAUAAUAUAUUAAUUAAAAUGAAGCAUAAUGGCAACAUUUCAACCAAUCUUCAUUUGGCUGGCUAGUCUUGUAUAAACUGACUGCCCCCCUCUUUUUUUUUUUUUUUGAAUGCUUAACAAGCAAUGUUAACCAUUUUUGCUAAAACUAUAAAACAUUGAGUUGGAUGGGAUACAUUUACAGAUAAACAUGACUUUUGUUUUUCCUUGGCAGGAAUUUGUGUUAGCAUGCCAAGGUUAUUCACUGCAAUAGGGGUGUGUGUGGGUGUGUGGGUGUGUGUGUGUGUUUUGUUUCACUAUUAUCUCACACUACUAUUAAAUGGCCAUGUGGCUAAUCUGCAAACUUUUUGCUUUCAGGGUUGGUUUGUUUGGACAAAGUGUCACAUUAUAUUAUAAAGUUAAUAUGUGGAAGCAUCCUAACAUUUUAAAAGCUAACAUUGGCCACUUCUUUUCUGUUUUGUAUAGGAAUCAGACAGUGCCAUUAGCAUUACAGUACCUAGCAGUUAAAUAUUUUCUUGUUAUCAAAUGCUUUUAUUAAAAAAAAAACCUCAGUAAAAGCAACAUUCCAGAAAAAAAAA